GCGAUAGAUAUCGGGGUCAGUUUUUUGCCUGCACUGAUAUGAGAACAUAUUUAGAAUAUAAAAGAGGACAAACAUCUCCCUGAAGCCGUCAAAUUCGCCUCCCUCCGCCAUGAAGGUCCUCCUGCUCGUCUUCGCCCUCGUCGCCGCCGUCAGCGCCCAGACGGAGCCAUGGUGCCGCUGCGCCGCCUUCGUCACCUACGAGCACUCGGAGAUCAUGGUGUACGAAGCACCCGAAGUCACCAUCGACUCUUGCGAAGACGACGCCAAGCAGUGCAAGAACUCUUGUGCCAAAGAGCUGAACACCAUGAGCAACAAUGGUGACCUUUGGCUAGAGCUCGACUCCGGGAUCACCGUCGGCCAGUACAUCUGCACCUACCUGGCCGACCACUUCUUCUUCUGGAUGAGCAACCACAAGGUGUACGGCUACUACGAGGUGUGCGGCGGCGCCUGGGAAUUCACGGGCGUCGAGUCUCAGCAGCUGCUGUGCUGCGACGCAGGCAAGCACGAGCACUGCAUCGUCAAGCACAAUUAAGACGGAUAGUGCUUGCCGGUGUCGCUUCUUUGGCGAUUGCGCAAAUAAAGGCUUAAAUUAA